ACAGACGGACUCGCCUCCACCGCAGGAGAAACGUGAAUCAGAGGAUCAGUCAGUGAUGGUCUGUGCUGCAGGUCUGUGCUGAGGAGCGGACUCUUCUUCUUCCUCUCUACUCGGCUGCUCUUCUCUCUGACUUACUCGGAUCUCCUCGGUCUUCUCCACCCUGAGCCCAGAGUGAUGGGGGAAUGAUCAUCACCGGCCACCCUCCUCUUCCUCCUGCUCCUCCUGCUCCUCCGGUCGCUCUCCCCUGACAGUCGUCGGAGCUGUGCCCAGGAUGUGGGCCCCGCUGCUCGGCCAGGCUGCGGUGUUUGCGGCCCUUGUGGCGCUGAGCUCCUGCUUGACAGGGUCUCACCUGUGCCCCCGGAGUUUAGACUGUGCCCGAGCAGGACGACACUUCUGCCCGCCCAGCAGCUCACACUGCGGCCCCUGCCUGCGCCCUCUGGUAGAGAACUCCCAUGGCAGAUGCGUGUUGAAGAGGAGACACGCUCCUCACUCUGCUCACUUCAGUAAAGGUAAAACCAACACAUACCCUGAGCUGGAUGAAGAGAUCGACUUCCUGUCUGCCGUCAUCAGUGAACAGAGAACUGAGUCUCGGCUGCCAGCUUCACCCUCCCAGUAUGCCUCUAAUCCCAAAGCCAAGCAGCUCAGUGAGCUCAGCUACGACCAGAGACCACUCAUCACAGAGCCGCCUGCGAGCCAGAGUGUCCAGGUCACCACACUGGCUCCAUCCACCACCACCAACACCACAAACACCACUCCCACUUUGCUCAGAGACCCCAUCAUCCUCUCCUACCCGUCCAAUGACCAUGUCUUCAUUAUCAUGAGUAGCGUGUUCAUCGUGGCAGGGUCACUGGCUUUGAUAAUGGCAGGGGCCUGUUGGGUCAGAUUGCAGAAAGGUCUGCAGCUAACUCAGAAGAUGGACUCUCCUGUACAUCGACUGAUCAGAGCCCAAGCUUUUGAUAAUUUGCCUGGGGACAAGAAGCUGGCCCACAGUGCCCAGAUGUACCACUACCAGCACCAGAAGCAGCAAAUGCUUUCCCUGGAGAAGAACAGGGAUGAGCCAAAGGUUCCUGACUCAGGAGCAUCAACAGAUGAGGAGAACGAAGAUGGGGAUUUCACCGUAUACGAGUGUCCUGGAUUGGCACCUACGGGGGAAAUGGAAGUGAAGAACCCGCUGUUUGACGACUCCCCCCUUUACCUUCAGAAGUUCCACUAGGACACUGGACAUUCAAAUUCUGUCACACUCCGGAUCCAGCACUUGUGUGUAAACAUAAUAACAUUUACAUACAUAACACACACUCCACAUACACUGCUGUACCCAGCCCAGUCCUUUUUAAUGGACAGAAUGGAGAGUGUAAGUACAUGAAGGAGGAAGGGGAGUGAGGCAUUCAUGGACAUUUAAAGGAUGGUUUAUUCGUUCGAGGCAGAACUGAAUCUGGGACCAAUGUCUCCCACUCUGUAGCCACAUUCUUUCCUUUUUAUGUGCUCACUCUUUUUUCCUAGUAUUGUUUACAACCUUACAAUCAGCCAGUAUCAAAGAACUCCACAUGAUUUCUGUCAGGUAGCAGACACGCUGAUUAUCAUAAAAUAAACUACAGCAGAGUCCAGUGCACAGCCAGUUUUCUGAUGCCGCUGAGCAGAAACUAAGAAUUUCUGUCAGUCAAUUUGGGUAGAUUGUUAUGAAUAUUUAUGUUUAUUAAUCAGUAAAUACUCUUUAAUUUAUUGAGCUCUUGCUGCAGGCUUUGGUUUUAUUUAAGUAUUUAUAAAAAGAAAUGUGAUUUUAAUAUUUCAUGAACAAACAUGCAGCACCGUGAUCUGUAUCACUAUGUUAUGUAGCCAUUGUGUUCUCAGUCUAGUUGCUCUAUGCAUGAAUUGAUGAUGCUGUGUAUGAAACAUGAGUCAAUAUGCAUUUACAGUUUUACAAGUUUCUUGUGUAAACUUGCGAAUGAUAUAUAACAGAUUUCAAAGGAUUUUGAAACUUCUCUAACUAGAACUCUGAAACAGAGCGAGGCCAUCCUGUAUAUAUGGUAUCUGACUAACAUGGCUAGUCCCCACGGUUUUGUGAUCUGUAUAUAGCUGCUAAUAUGUACAGAAAGAGAUCUUACCUCUCACUCAGUCUGUUACUACACAUGUUCCUCUAGAUUACCGAGUGCUGUGUCAAAUAUUGAGCUGUUUGCUUCCUCCUCACUGACUGUUUGCAGGGCUUCUACACAUGUGGGAAGUGUCAGAAAAGUUGUGAUGUUCAGGUCUGGAAAACAUAUUAUUCCCAUUAUACAGUUUUCAACUAACAGGAACCUAGGACGUUUCAAUUCUACAAAGAUUUUAUCGGGCAAAACAUGAUAAAAAGGCGAAGUCUAACUUGACGAUCAAGCAAUUAGGCAAAAAGAUUGAGUGUAAAACUAUUAAUUUGACAGGUCACAUUGUCAUAGAAAUAUGUUUGUUAAAUGCAUUUGAGAAUAUUUCAAAAAGAAGGUUCCCAGCAUGGUGACACAUUAUUUAAAAUGAAUAAGACCCCAUGAGCUAGAAAAUAAUGAUGAGGGAGAAUAUCUUUCCUCAGAAAUGGAGAGUAUAUGAUAAUUACAGUUACAGGACGAGCUGCCAUUUUCCUAAUAAAAGUCUUUGAUAGGCGGAAGUUGCCAAUUUGAAAAUUAAACUUACAAAAAACACCCUCAUCAACAGACAUGGUAGCACUGGUCAGAAACCAUGUGAUGCACCAAACAGAAAAUCCUCUUUGUGGCAAUGGAAGUUAUCACAAAAAUUAAUUUUCAUUAUAAUUUAGCCACAAUCAGAAAACAAUUCAUACAUCCUCAUACAAAUUUAAUUAGUAAUUAUGCUUUUUCAAACGUCAAUCAAAAUUCAGAUUUUUACAUAUUACUUUGGUUACAUAUAAGAAAAAAAGUUUGAUUUAAUGAUAUUCUUUAAACAUUGGCAUUUCUGGACUGAAAUAAUCGGGUGUGCAGAUAUAAUGAAUCAAUCUCACUUUGAUGAUUUGAAGGCCUGUCAUGACUGAAUGAAAAUAACUAAAAUUUGAUCACUGUAUUUUUAUAAUGAUUUAAUCUGCAAUGUCGCUCAUAUGUCAGAUUGGAUUGAUGGAUCCCUGAUGGAUAUUCAGUUUUUUUAUUUUGUUUCCUGGACCUGCUACCUUCACCUGUCCUAACCACUGCAUGGGACUUGAGGUGCUGUAUUUUGCAGCUGCUUAUAUUUGUCUGACUGUGUAGCUCAUGGAUUAUAUUACACCCCAGGAUGAUUCUUUAGCUCCAGUGACAGGAGUGUAUACCUGUGGCCUCUCGCUGUCGUCUCUCAGGAAAGCCUCUCUCUGUGGCUCCCCUCUUCAGCCUGCUCCCACUUUUUCAGCCUCUCUGCUCUCCCACAGUGGAAGAGCCUGUUUAACUCUACAUGACCUUAACAUACACAUACAUGAGUGUCAAUAUGUAAAAAGACAUAUAUACACCUGAUACCAUGAAGUAUUAAGACUGGAGAUCUUUAUUCAAACCCACUGAGCUUGUAGAACAAAAUGAAGGACAAUUUAUCAGUUGGAUGGAUAAGGAAUUACCAGAAACUAUAUAUUUCUCAUGUUGUUUGCCUUAUUUAAUUGUACAUGGCUCGGCUUUCCCUUCACCAGAGCUGAGAGCAAAACAAAAACCGAGCUGGUUGUCUUGUUGUGCUCAUUCUCAAUCUGAUGAUGAUGAUGAUGACUUGGUCUAUUGAAGGGAACCGGAGAAAGAGUAACUAUCCAGGCAAGCUCUCUUUGAUAAAGACUGUUUUCAGACUACAUAUUACACAUUCUACACACUGUAAGGAGGACGUCUGUGUGUGUUUAGCAUGCAUGUGGAUAUACCAGAGAUGAAAUGAAAGAAAUAAAUAUUUAUAUAAUCUGAAGUCA